AUGUAUCAUUCUGUCGUCUUGUCAACAGGGAUCAAAUUUCAACCAGGAAUACUGCAUGAGGUGUUCCAGCUUCUCCAGGCAAAAGUGCCUGGCCUCAACGAACAAGAACGUUGCUGCCUCCUGAUGAUUGACGAAAUGUCCAUCCAACAACGAAUCGAAUAUGACUCUUCAACAAGCUCUGUUCGCGGUUACACCACACUUCCUGUGCCAGGAGCUUCCUUCAGCGGCAUCGAUGCUGGAAAUUUCACUGCAUCAGUCAUUGAAAAGUGCUUUGACAUCGGCCUGAAGGUUCUUGCAAUAACAACAGAUAUGGCACCAGGAAACAGGUCAAUGUGGCAAUAUUUUGGUGUCGUCACAGGAAAGCACAGCCGUGUAGCCAAUGUUGCCAAACAUCCUUCAUUUGGCAACCACAUCAUCAGAGUGCUUGCAGAUGUUCCACAUCUUGUGAAGAAUUUGUGCUCGCAUAUCGUUAGUGGACAACAGAUCAUAAUUGAUCCUGUAGACGUUGCGAAACAUGGUUUGGUUGGUAACACAGUGAGUAUAGAACCCAUCAAAAGACUUGUACAGCACCAAGUAGGAAGUACUUUCAAGCUAGCUCCUAACUUGAAGCCAGAGCUGUUAGAUCCGAACCACUUUGACAAAAUGAAGGUCUGCAAUGCGAUGUACAUCUUCAGCAACUCAACAGCAACAGCUCUUCGCACAAUGGUGAAAGAACAUGGCUGGGAGGAAACCGUACUAGUUACGGCAUGGUUUCUUCAGCAAGUGAACCACUGGUUUGACAUUAUUUGCAGCCGCCACCCAGUCAUGGCUCUGAGCAGACACAACCCUGCGAGACACGAAGAAGCUGUGGCUUCCCUGGAAACUUUCAUGGACAUGUUCUGUCGCAUGAAAAUUGGGAAUGGACAAUUCAAACCGUGUCAGGCAGGGGUUCGCCUCUCGACAACUUCAAUCCUGCAGCUGCAGCAGUACCUUCUUGAGGACCUCUCCUUUGAGUUCUUACUGACAUCAAGGUUUACACAGGAUAGCCUUGAAAACUUUUUUUCAACUGUACGUCUCAAGAACCCCACUCCAACGCCAAUGGAAUUCAAAAUGGCCUUGAAAAUCAUAAGCAUUAGUCAAUAUCUGAAAGUCGCAACUACAGGAUCAUACGAAGUAGAUGACGGUACAUACUUUUUGGCAGACUUUGACACCUCUCUUGUCAGCAACAACUUGGAUGUUGACAUAGACGUUGACAAUAUGACAUAUGGAAGGCCAAUUCUAACUGAAGUUGAAGAAAGCGCCUUUUACUACUAUGCAGGCUACAUUCUGUCUAGAGUCAUAAAGAACAAUAAGGUUUGUAGCCAGUGCACAAAUGCUGUAGUUGCAAAACCAAAUGAGAUUUCAAGGGUUCAACAGUUCACUCUGGAAAAAUCUUACGGAGUUGAUUCACUGACAUGCCCAUCAGCAGGUGCCUAUGAACUCCUCCUCCGCUGCGAAUCCGGCUUUAGGAGCAACAUCAAGCAAUAUAUGGACAAGGACUACAUCAUUUCUACUCUUUCUGGUAAGAUGUCUCUAGCUUCCGAGGACAUUGACAUACCACAAUGCCACGGAAUUAAGGACAACAUCAUAAAGCGUUUUUGCCAUGCACGGUUGCAGCUCCAUCUUUCAGAGCUAAGUGAAAGCAUGUGUGUGCAAAGGAUUGAUAGGAGCAGCAUGAGCAUGUGUGCACCUAGACGCCAGUAG